AUGGCCUUCCGCAGCUGCAGCGCCCUGUGCGCGGCGGCCAGCGCCAGUUUCAGAAACUCCCAUCUCCUCCUGCACUCCGGCUCUCCGUGUUCUCCUGCGGUCGCUCUGGUCCAGUUUGUGGAUUCCCAUUUCAACUGGCCUUGCAGCAGGCGCUCCAAAGCCCCGCGGUCGUGGCGGCACCCGCAGCUGGGCACCUUCCUACCUCGACCAGGGGCUGGAGUCGUGCGAGCGUUUCACACGCAGCAGGAGCGUCCAGAAAAGCCUCUGCCCGGCCGAAAUGCUACUGCCCAGGGCACGGAGCCUCCCAAAACUCCAGCAAAACACGGGAUGGAGGCUGCUGGGGGGAAAAGGUCGUUACGCCAGAAGAUAGUGGAUGAACUGAAACAUUACUCCAACGGGUUCCACUUGCUUUGGAUCGACACUAAGGUUGCUGCCAGGAUGCUGUGGAGGUUGUUACACGGCCAGGUUCUCACUAGGAGGGAGAGACGAAGGUUGCUGAGAACAUGUGCAGAUCUCUUCCGGCUGGUCCCUUUCCUGGUGUUUAUCAUUGUGCCCUUCAUGGAAUUCCUGUUGCCUGUAUUCUUGAAAAUCUUCCCAGAAAUGUUGCCCUCAACGUUUGAGACAGAGUCAAAAAAGGAAGAAAAGCAAAAAAAGAGAUUAAAUGCAAAGCUGGAGUUAGCGAAGUUUCUGCAGGAGACCAUUGCGGAGAUGGCCAAAAGGAACAAAGCAGAUACAGGAGAAGGAAAACAAUUCUCUUCCUACGUGCACCAGAUCCGGCACACCGGCCAGCAGCCCAGCACCCAGGAGAUCGUGCGCUUCUCCAAGCUCUUUGAGGACGAGCUGACCCUGGAGCACCUGGAGCGGCCGCAGCUGGUGGCCCUGUGCAAACUGCUGGAGCUGCCGCCCAUCGGCACCAACAACCUGCUGCGCUUCCAGCUCCUGCUGAGGCUCAGGACUAUCAGGACAGAUGAUGAGAUGAUUGCCAAGGAAGGAGUGAACGGCCUCAGCGUGUCUGAGCUCCAGAGUGCCUGCAGAGCCAGGGGGAUGCGCUCGCUGGGGCUCUCGGCAGAACAACUGAAGGAACAGCUCAGACAGUGGCUAGAUCUACAUUUAAAAGAGAAUGUUCCACCUUCUCUACUCCUGCUUUCCCGUGCCUUGUACUUGAUAGAUAUAAAGCCACAGUCUGUUCAGGUACCACAAAAUAAGGUAGAUGAAACUGCUGAAGAAGUCAUGCCAGCUCUUCCUGAGGAUCAAGAGACUCUAGUGGAUUCUGCCCCUGUCGUACAGGGAAGAAAGAAUGAAGAAUUUAUAUCUCGGUCACCAGAGAAACUGCCUGUCUCAGAAGUGUCGGUUAAGCCACCACCCCGAGAGAGUAAAAUGGAAGCAUCUCAGAACAGCAAGGCCAGUGCCAAUGGAGUUUAGCCUGAAGCCAACGUGGACUGCCCACAACGAAGGG